UUCAAAAGGUUGUCCAGCACCUUCAAACCAGCCCAAUUGAGCCAUAAUGGUAAUGAUCCAAAAACUAUAAACAGGGUUAAGGUCGAGUUCCAGGUUUCACUUUCAGCCUCAAUAUAAAAUCUCUGAAAAACCCUGAUUUCAUCAGAUACACUGUGCAUUUACGUUUGAACCUCCAAAGCGUUCAAUAAGAUUUGUUGUGGUUUUCUUCUUUAUUUUUUUAAUCUUUUUCCUUUUUAUGGUUAAUUUUUUCUGAAAACAAAGAAAAGGAGAAAGAAGAGUGCUGUGAUGUAGCACUUUUUUUUGUGGACUAGAGUUUCUGAUCUGGGUUUCACUCACUGAAGUAGAAGACUAACCCUUGGCUGUCUGAGUACCCUUCUGUCUUUUUUUUUUUUAAUUUUCUUUGCGGUGAGGGGGAUUGGUUGAAUGAUAAGGCUGAUGAUGCUAAUAAAAAUUAUGUUAAGGGAUUUCAAUGAGAUUUUGUUGUCAGUGAUCUGAUUGUUACACACACUGAGGCCUUACCAUGUAUAGUAGAAUGAACUGUUUGUUUCUUUUGGAAAAUUUGUUCUUUUAAUUUAUUUUUUUAAAUGAAAAAAGGGGUUUAAUUUUAUGCUAUGAUGAGAUGAAAACACGAAGAGUGUUGAUGGGCAGUGGGAUUGGAUCUUUCUUUUGAAAGUUCUGCCGUGAGCCCUCUUUUUUCAACGACUUCUCCUUCCACUGAGCUCUAAAUCCUUUUAUUUUUGUCUUAGUUUCUUAAGUUUUGGGUUAUCCUCAUUGUUGGCUCUUUUAUGUCAUUUCAUCCUGUAAACGCCACAAACAUUUGUGUUUUUUACUUCUUAAUUUUCUGUAAUCUUGACUGGAAAUUAGAAGUACCAAGAAUCUUAGUAUUUGAACAAGCUCAGAUCAAACACAGCUUGGGAAUUGGGAUGUUGGGUCAAAAUUGAAGUUGAUUAAGAAACAGAAGUUAAUGAACAUCAUAGACAGGACAUCAGAUUCUGUACGGUGGUACACACAUCAGAUUCUGUACGGCGUUUGAUUUUUUUUGUCAUGUAAUAAUUGAUUAAUAUUGUGAUUUACAAUAUUCGAAUUACAUUUAUAAUGUAUCAAAAACGAAUUUAAAGAAUAUAUAUUUUGUUAGUAAUUAAUGAAUUAUUAUUAUCAACACAAAAGACUAAUUUAAAGAAGAAAAAUGGUAUAAGAAAAUAUCUAUAUAUGUAGGGACAGUAUAUCCAGAAAAUCCUUAUCUCUUUGUCCGAGUAACAAUAGAUAAGGGCUCUGGUAUGGUGACAUGUAUCCGCCAAAACUUGUCGGCAUUACAAUUGCAGAGAGAAAAAUGGCAGAAGCCAGCCGUUUAGUAUCAUCAUCAGCAGGAAAAAUCAACCAAAUUCCAAGCUCAUUUCAAUCAAAGCUUAAUCCCCAUAAGCUGCAAUCCCAUAACGUUAAUGUUAGAUUCAAAGCUGCUUCAAGGAGGCAUGACUACUCAUCAAUGAUUAACAAGAAAGAUUGCCGGAGUAGUCCAAGCCGUCUGAUCACAAUUUCAACCGCAGAUGGAAGAUGGCAUGGAACAUGGAACUGUGACUACCUUGUGUCUCUCAAGGAACUGAACUUGGAUGACUUGGUUGAGGAUGAUGAACAGAAGGAUGCUCAGGUUUCUAUCAAUCUUUGCAUCCACAAGCAUGCCAGCUUUGGUCUUUCAGUGGAUGGAAGGAUUUUAACUUCUUUUACUACAAAAUGUAGCAUUUGUUCUUCCCCAUACUGCAGAGAGAUUGAUACCAACUUCAACGUUUGGGUUCUAGCCUCGAACAAAGAUCAUGGUGCAACUCAUCAAUUGCCUGAAAUUGGUGGAGAUGAUCCAUCAGUUAUCUACGUGAAACCAGGAUAUGAAGCCAACUUGGAUUCUCUGAUACAUGACACAAUCCGGCUAACAACCUCCAGCAAGGACACUUGCUCGGAGUCAUGCCAGAAAUCUGAACCCACCCUGAGUUAUAUUGGUAAAAUAAAUGCAGCUUCUAUCGACAAGAGAUGGUCUAGAUUGUUGGAACUAAGGAACGCAAAUCUAUACGAUGCAAAGUCUUAGAUUAUUUAUAGAAUGAUUAACUGAAACUUUGUCUAUAUGAGCCAUAAGAAAGAAAAACAAAUGCUAAAUCCCCAUAUUGAUCAUGAAAUAUUCGAAGCAAUGGUUACCGAUUUGAUUGUGGGGCUUGAAUUGCACAUCUUCACGUUCAAACCAAACAAUGGUUGGCUAGAAAGAUAAUGUAGAAAAGAAAGAAAAUAAAAAAUCUCCGAUCUAUGCUUCUAAUUGCUGGCAGAAAUGUUAGGGCCAUAGGUUUCAUGAAAAUACCAAUAAGUUGGUCUUCACUUUGAAUAUAAUGAGGAAUAGCAAUCUUUCACCCUCUUCUCAACUUAACCAAAAACAUGACAAACACAUAUAGCAUUCGAGGAUAAUAACUUAUAUACAUUGUAAAAUAUAAGGAUAAU